AUGAUAACUCGUACCAAAACUGGCUUACUAAAACCAACAUAUCGCUUAAAUCUGCUUCACAACAAGAUCUCUCAGCAGGAUCCUACCAGCUACACUGAGGCCAACAAACUACUUGAAUGGCGUAAUGCCAUGGCAGUUGAAUUCCUUGCACUUCAAAAGCAAGAUACCUGGCAACUGGUACCCGCUCCUUCAAGCAAGCAAAUCUUGGGGUGCAAAUGGACGUUUCGAAAGAAACUUCACGCAGACGGAACUGUUGCUCGGUUCAAGGCGCGGCUGGUAGCACAAGGCAACCAACAAGAAUAUGGACUCGACUAUGUCGAAACAUUCAGUCCGGUAGCUAAACUACCUACCAUUCGCGUCCUAUUCACCAUCGCUCUUCAUCACGCCUGGAAAAUUCAUCAACUAGAUGUGGAGAACGCCUUUCUUCACGGCGACAUUCAAGAAACCGUCUACAUGAAGCAGCCAAACCGAUUUGAGGACCCCGUCUAUCCGAACCACAUAUGCCUCCUACGGAAAGCGUUAUAUGGCCUCAAACAGGCUCCAAGGAAAUGUUAUACAACAUUAUGCAAUCAUCUCCUUCGACUUGGUUUCUCUCCGAGCAAGGCAGACCCAUAUAUCCUCACAUUCCAUCAAGGUAACACCAAAAUGUUCUUACUCGUAUACGUGGAUGACAUACUCAUCACCGGCAACGACGAAGAUGCCAUCUCCAUGUUUCUUCAUCAACUCAAUCAAACAUUUGCGCUAAAAAACCUUGGCCCUGCGAACCACUUCCUCGGCAUACGAAUUCAAUAUAAACAAGAUAAUUACUUUAUGUCCCAAGAAUCCUAUGCUAUAUCUAUUAUCCAACAAGCCAAUCUCAUCAAUUGCAACUCUGCAGCGAAUCCCUCAUGUACCAAACUACCAGCUGGCCAUACAAUGGAAUCAGCCACGUUGUCCGAUCACACGACCUAUCGGAAGAUCACCGGUGCGUUGCAAUACCUCACCAUUACUCUCCCGGAUAUUGCAUACGCCGUCAAUAUGUUAUCCCAGCAUAUGCACGCUCCACAAGAGGAUCACAUCUUCCUCAAGCGACUCAUUCGGUACAUUAAAGGAACAACGGAUUUUGGACUUCCGAUCAUGAAAUUAGGUCUCAAUCUCACCAACUACUCCGACGCCGAUUGGGUGAGUGAUCCUAUAACCCGGAAAUCAACUUCGAGCUACUGCACCUUCCUUGACACUACGCUGGUGUCGUGGAUAGUGAAGAAACAGACAACGAUUUCCCGGUCAUCAACGGAAUCGGAGUACAGGGCUCUCGCCGCCUCAACUGCUGACACUAUAUGGCUCAAGUGA